UCGAAGCCAUGAGCUCAGUCGUUGCGAUGUCGGCCUUGGUUCCAUUUUCAGUGAGAUUGAAAGCUUCAUGGGAUAUACAACCAAGAACUAUUCCCACUCCCAAUCACAACAGCUUGUCGAAGAACAAAAACCCUAACGUGCUCCAUCAUUCUACUCCGCAAAGUAGAAUAACAACCACAACUACUGCAACCAAGGUACUAACUGCUUCAGAGCUUCUGAGCUUGAACAUCCGCUCCCCUUCCCAAGGGAAAUCGGAAGAAUUAUAUCUGGGUUACGAGAGAUGGUUGCCGGCUGCGCCAAAAGUGAAAAAGCCUAAAUCCAUCUAUAAUGCGGCUACAUUAGCAUAUAUCGGGGAUUGCAUUUAUGAGCUAUUUGCUCGGAGGCAUUUUCUGUUUCCUCCUCUAAAUAUCGAGGAAUACAAUGCUCGCGUGAUGGCUGUAGUACGUUGUGAAGCACAGGAUGCCUUGCUCAAGAAACUACUUGGUGAUGACUUCCUAUUGGAAGAAGAAAGGGAUGUUCUACGGUGGGGAAAAAAUAUAGCUUCAGGUAAAACACGGACAACCAAGCGUGUUGGUGUAGCGGUGUAUAAUAGAGCGUCGUCAUUGGAAACACUGGUUGGCUUUCUCUACCUGACUAACGUAAAACGCUUGGAGGAACUCAUGCAAAAGUUGGGGUUCUCAACUGGUGCUUCUACUCAACUGAUCCUGGAAGAAACAAAAAGCAAGGAGCGAACCGUGUGAAGCUGUGAUUCAGUUCCAGGUGUGGUAGAUGCACCAUCCCUUCUAGGCACUGUUCUCUAGCUCUUUGUAUCGUGUACGCAGGCCAAGGAGCAGAAGCAAUUGCAUACCUUUCGUCUUUCGUGAUCUUUUGGUGAAACAAACAUGCAAUGCGGAACGAAUGUAGAACAAAGAGAGCGAGAUUGUGUUUCAAAGCUCAUGACAACUUAGAAUUCUCCUUUUAACCAUCAAGGACCAGCAGCAGCUAAUUGUAAUAAACUGUUCAUAUAAUCAAUAGUGAUUUUGCAACUAAGGACCUUAAUUUCUUGGGGUUAUUA